AUGCUGGGGGCCCAAGCCGACUCCUUCGGGCCGCGACAACUGCCGAAGCUGGUGCUGCUGCAGGUCUUGUUGUUGCUGUUCCACCGGUCUCGUCCCCAUGGCAGCCCUGGACCACUGCAGUGCUAUGGAGUUGGUCCCUUUGGAAACUUGAACUGCUCUUGGGAGCCUUUUGAGGACCUGGGAGCCCCCUCCAUGCUGCACCUCCAGAGCCAAAAGUACCAUUCCAACAGGACCUGGACUGUGGCAGUGCCCACCGGGCAGAGCUGGGUGACCAUUCCACGGGAGCAGUUCACCAUGUCUGAUGAACUCCUUGUCUGGGCGUCUGCGGCAGGCCAGUGUCUCUGGCCCCAAAUCUUUGUAAACCUGGAAACCCGAAUGAAGCCAGAUGCCCCCAAGCUAUACCCUGAUGUGGACUUCACAGAGGAUGACACCCUGGAAGCCACUGUCCAAUGGGCCCCACCUAGGUGGCCGCCUCAAAAAGUCCUGAUGUGCCAAUUUUACUAUCGAAGAUGCCAGGAGACGACCUGGACCCUGCUGGAACCGGAAAUAAAGUCCAUACCUCUGACUGCUAUUGAGAUCCGGGACCUGGAGCUAGCCACUGGCUACCAGGUGUAUGGCCGCUGCCGAAUGGAGAAAGAAGAGGAUCUGUGGGGGGAAGAGAGCCCUAUUAUGUCCUUCCAGACACUGCCCUCUGCUCCGAAAGAAGUGUGGAUAUCAGGGAGCCUUUGUGGGACACCCAGCAGACAGGAACCUCUGCUUCUAUGGAAGGCUCCUGGGUCCUGCGUGCAGGUGAGCUAUACAGUUUGGUUCCAACUUGAACAUGAGAAGCUCAGCCUAGAGGGGGUUCCCUGCUGCAACUCCUCCAUCCCCAACCAGGCCCAGCGGGCCUGGGUGUCUGCCAUCAACGCCACAAGCUGGGAGUCUGUCACCAACCUCUCUUUGGCCUGCUUGGCUCCAGGAUCUGCCCCUCGUGAGGUGUCUGUCAACAGCAUGUCUGGGAGCACGGAGCUGCUGGUGACUUGGCAACAGGGAUCUAGGGAGCCAUGGGAGCAUGUGGUAGACUGGGUUCCGGAUGGGGAUACCCUGGAAGACUUCAACUGGAUCCGGCUUCCCCCAGGGAACCUCAGUGUUCUGUUGCCAGGGGAUUUCCCAGAAGGGGUCCCUUAUAGAAUCACAGUGACCGCCAUUUCUCCUUGGGGCUUGGCUCCUGCGCCCUCCAUCUGGAAGUUCAGAGGGGAACUAGCACCCUUAGUGGGGCCAAAGCUGCAGCGACUCCAGAAUGCCCCCUCUGGGAACCCCACCAUAGCAUGGGAAGAGGUCCCACGGCACCAGCUGCGGGGCCACCUUACCCACUACACCUUGUGUGCACAGAGUGGAACCAGGCCUUCUAUCUGCAGGAAUGUGAGUGGCAGCGCCCAGAACAUCACCCUGCUUGAUCUCCCCUCGGGUCCCUACGAGCUGUGGAUGACGGCGUCCACCAUUGCAGGACAGGGGCCACCUGGCCUCAGCCUCUGGUUUCACCUACCAGAUAACACCCAGAGUUGGAGCGUUCUGCCAGGUGUUCUUGUCCCGUGGGGCUUGCUCCUGAUUGGCUGUUGCAUUGGCCUAGUCACCUUCCAAAGGCGCCCCCAUCUGCGGCACAAGGUACUACCCCGCUGGGUCUGGGAGAAGAUCCCUGAUCCUGCCAACAGCAGUUUCAGCCAGCCCCAUGAGGAGGAGGUGCCCCAGGCCCAGCCCCCAGGUGAUCUGCCCUUUCUAGAAGUGGAGGAGAUGGAGCCGCUGCCAGAUAGGGGGCCACUCCAGGCCUCUGCCCCUGCCUCACUUGACACUGGGUAUGAGAAACACUUCCUGCCUACACCUGAGGAACUGGGACUUCUGGGGCCCCCCAAAAGGCCUCAGGUUCUAGCUGAUAUGACCCCAAGUCAGGAAAGGGGUGCUCACUUGACAGAUGAAGAUACCGAGAAUCAGAGAGGUUGAGUACCUUGCCUGAGGACAGCCAGCAAGAGCUGAGAUCAAAGGAUCCCUAACAGAGAAGGAUCCGGCCCCAGCAGGGAAAUACAUGGAUGGAUGAAGAAGCAAAGUAACAUUUUGGAAAUCCAGAGUGACAGCUGCUUUCCCCAAUCUAUAAGAGACACAAUCCCAGUCUCCCUUGCACCUGGGGGCAGCCAUGGACUGGGUUUUCACCAAUGGAAUAUGAACAGUGCGUUGGGGCUGGGUGGGGGUUCUUCUGAAUUUUCUUCCCUUUUCCAUCAGUGUGCCCAUGGUUCAACUUUGGCCAUAAGUAAGUGGGGAGUGGGGAAAGAAAUGGGAAGGAACUUGAGCCCCCAAGUAACUAGAUUAGAGC